UUUUAAGGCACGUCAACCUUGUAAUCCCUCAAAACUCACUCCACUACACCUCACGGGGGGUUAUGGAUCGUGGGCUAUAAGAACACCCCAGAGUUCUCUUUCUACUGUUCAUCUCUCAUAUUCAUACGUCUGCUCAGUCUCGUUGACUCUAACUAACCAUGACUCAAAAUCUGCAGAGCAAUGCAGAUGAGCUGCAAUUGGAAGCCCUCGGCCACAAAGGGGAGUUGAAACGGGCAUUUACUCCCUUGGCUAUGCUUGGCUUGGCUUUCGCAAUCCUCAACUCCUGGACAGCUCUCUCGGCUUCGUUGUCUCUUGCACUUCCAAGCGGCGGUUCUGCCAGUGUUGUAUGGGGUCUUGUGACGGCUGGAAUAUGCAAUCUUUGCCUGGCUGCUUCUCUGGCCGAGUUUCUCUCUGCAUACCCAACUGCAGGCGGACAGUAUCAUUGGGUUGCUGUCAUUGCGUGGAAGAGAUGGGUACCAUUGCUCUCGUGGAUCACUGGAUGGAUCAACGUCUCGGGCUGGAUCGCGCUGGUUGCUUCGGGUGGACUUCUCGGGUCGCAACUCAUUGUUGGCGUCAUCUCCUUAUUCAACCCCACAUAUACCCCUGAGAGGUGGCACCAAUUCCUCAUCUAUAUUGGAUACAACAUCUUCGCCUUCAUAAUUAACGCUUUCAUGAACGCGUCCUUGCCUUACGUCAACAAGGCUGCUAUCACCUGGUCGAUCUUGGGUUUCGUCGUCAUCUCUAUUACUGUUCUCUCCUGCACCUCUCCAAACUACGCGUCUGGUUACUUUGUCUUUCGACAGUUCAUCAACGAGACGGGAUGGCCUGAUGGAAUCGCCUGGUUGUUAGGCCUUCUGCAAGGUGGACUCGGCCUGACUGGAUACGACGCUGUUGCACAUAUGAUUGAGGAGAUUCCCAACGCUUCUAUCGAAGGACCGAAGAUCAUGAUUUAUUGUGUCGCCAUCGGUACUUUUACCGGAUUUGUCUUCUUGGUCGUACUCCUCUUCGUCUCUGGCGGGAAUUCGGAGGACAUUAUCUCUUCUCCCGCUGGACCGCUAUUACAGAUCCUUUACAAUGCGACUCAGAAUCGCGCAGGAGCAGUAUGUCUGCUCAUGUUCCCACUCAUCUGCCUGCUAUUCGCGACUACAUCGAUCAUGACGACGUCGUCUCGUAUGACAUAUGCCUUUGCCCGAGACGGUGGUCUCCCCGCGUCGAGGUUCUUCGCAAAGGUCCAUCCAAAGCUUGGUCAGCCACUCAAUUCACUCCUUCUUACAACAAUCCUUGUUAUCAUCUUUGGAUGUAUAUUCCUUGGCUCCAGUAGUGCUUUCAACGCCAUCAUUUCUGCCUCGGUCGUGGCCCUGGGUGUUAGCUACGCUAUCCCUGUAGCUAUCAACUGUCUCCAAGGACGGAAGAAAUUGCCUCCUCGAGCAUUUGUACUUCCCAACGCGUUUGCGUGGUUUGCGAACCUUCUAGGGAUUGCGUAUGUAAUCGUCACUACUGUGCUCUUUGUCUUCCCGCCAGAGUUGCCCGUGACGGCCAGCAAUAUGAACUACUGCAUCGUUGCCUUCGCGAUCAUUCUUAUCAUCAGCACCGUCCAGUGGUUUGUCGAUGGACGGAAGAACUUUACAGGACCGCGCACGGAAAUGGGCUUGGAGAUUCUGGAUGCGGUUAAGAGCCAUCAGCAUGGGUCAGACCUCGAGGAUCCAAAGAAGUCGACAGAAGAAACAGACGGGCAAAUAGUUGAAUAAGGG